AUGUUUAAAUUUCUCAUUUUUAACCUUUUAGCAUUAACUUUAGUCGCUUCUGAACAAAUCAGUGGAAUUUUUACAUCCUUUGACUCUUUGGUAUGGCAAAAAGCAGCUAGUUAUCCCUUUGCUGGUCCCGCUUAUCCAAGUUGGAUUUCUACUUUGUCCUGGAAAAUAGAUGGGAGCACCAUGCUGCCUGGUGAUACAUUCACUUUGAACUUACCAUGUGUUUUCAAGUUCACUACGAGUCAAACUACGGUGAAUUUAAAUGUUGGUCUGGUUAACUAUGCUACUUGUACCUUUAACCCUGGUGAUAUUGUUGUUGCAUUUUCUAAAUUAGAAUGUGUUCUUUUGGAUACUGUUACUCCGCUGCUUGAUGCUCAUGGAACUGUUAAUUUUCCAGUAGCUUUUAAUGUUGGUGGCUCUGCUUUGAGUACCGAUUUGCAAGAUUCUACUUGUUUCCAUAAUGGGCAAAAUACUGUGUCUUAUUAUGAUGGUGACAACAAACUUUCUACUCAAGCUACUUUUGCUGGUGGUUCAACGGAUGAUCCAAGCAAGAUUGUUUAUGUUAACCGUGUUGUCCCUUCAUUAAACAAACAACAACACUAUCUUCUUGGUGGCAACUGUCCAUCUGGGUACAGAUCUGGUUCGAUUGGUAUGAAGAUCCAAAACCUGGGCUCACAAAUCGAUUGCAGCUCUGUUCAGAUGGCAAUCACUAAUUCCUUAAAUGAUUGGUAUUUUCCAGAAAAUGCAGAUGAAAAUUUCAGCUACACUUAUUCUUGUUCUUCUACUUCCUUUGUUGUCAACUAUCAAAAUAUUCCUGCUGGUUACAGACCUUUCAUUGAUGCUCUUGUCCAAGUUAACAAUGGGGUUAGUAUUUCCAUGAACUAUGUUAAUACAUAUACCUGUACCGGUAGUAGUAGAAGUACAAAUAAUGGAAAAACUAUCUCUUGGGGUGCAUAUGAAAACAAUGUUGCUGGUGGUAAUGGAGAGGCAGUUGAAGUUGUUACACAAACAUAUACUGGUCUGACCACAAAAAUAUCAACCAUGCCGUUUUCUACAUCUAGUGACACAACCAAGACCAUUGUUGUUAAUGUUCCUAUCCCAACAGUUACUACCACUACAACUUAUGUAGGAAUUUCAACUUCAUACACCACCGAGAGUGCUUUGCCUGGAUCAACUGCCAAUGUGAUUGAAUAUAACCCUGUUCAUACUACGACUACAGUUACUACUUGUUCACCUGGGCAAGUAUCAACUAUCACUACCACCUAUUCAACAUCCACCUGGGCCACUGAUACUGUAUUUAUAGUAACUGAAUGUCCUAGUCCAUCAUCAACUGAAGAGGAGUCGACC